GCAUUUGAGUUCGUUCAAUCAGACAGAAAAAUAUGAACUUGCAGUUUAUCUCCUUUUACUCUGCUCUUUCAGGGUAAACAAGAAUUAGAGAGAUAAAAAGAACUAAAGUUUCUUUGUAUCUUUCUCUUUCCAUAUCCAUAAUUGUGUGAGUAUAGAUGGAUCUAACACUUUGAUUACCAAUUGGAUUGCUUUCAGAUCUCAGCCCUUUAAGGUUCAGUACCUGACCACACUACUAUGAGCUGAGGAUUCUGUGUAUAGUGAAACUUUUGUGAAAGGAUAGGGUAGAUUAGUGGCCAGGGGAUUCUUGUGGUGUGCUCUUGCAUCCAUUUUGGAUGUUGAAGAAUAGGUGGUAGGUGGGGUGAAAAUGUGAAAUGAGGGAUGUUAUCAAGGCUGAUAGAUCUCUUGAAGGCUUGUUGGCGGGGGUCAUUGGACCGCCAUGGGCAUACUAGUUCCAACGCUGGUGGUCGACAAGAUGGACUUCUUUGGUACAAGGACAACGGACAGCACUUAAUUGGCGAUUUCUCUAUGGCUGUAGUCCAGGCCAAUAAUUUGCUGGAGGAUCAAAGCCAAAUCGAGUCUGGUUCUUUGAGCUUGCUAGGUUCUGGUCCAUAUGGAACGUUUAUUGGAGUAUAUGAUGGUCACGGUGGGCCUGAGACAUCGCGGUAUAUCAAUGACAACCUCUUCCAGCAUCUCAAGAGGUUCACUGCAGAGCAGAACUCGAUGUCUGUGGAUGUAAUACAGAAAGCGUUUCAGGCAACAGAAGAGGGAUUCCUGUCUUUGGUUACCAAACAGUGGGCGAUGAACCCACAGAUGGCUGCUGUUGGCUCUUGUUGCCUUGUUGGCGUGAUCUGUGAUGGGACCCUUUACGUUGCCAAUCUCGGUGAUUCCCGGGCAGUUCUAGCAAGGGUUGUCAAGGCGACCGGAGAGGUUCUUGCUGUCCAGCUUUCGACUGAGCAUAACGCGAGCAUAGAGUCUGUCAGACGGGAACUACAUUCAAUGCACCCCGAUGACUCACAGAUUGUUGUUUUGAAGCAUAAUGUAUGGCGCGUAAAGGGCUUGAUACAGAUUUCAAGAUCCAUUGGUGAUUUAUAUCUCAAAAAUGCUGAAUACAACAGGGAGCCUUUAUACGCCAAAUUUCGUUUGAGGGAACCAUUUACGAGGCCUAUAUUGAGCUCAGAGCCAUCGAUUUUACAGCACAAACUUGAGCCGCUUGAUCAGUUCAUAAUAUUUGCUUCUGAUGGCCUUUGGGAACACCUCAGCAAUCAAGAAGCAGUUGAUAUAGCACAGAAUGGCAAUCGAAACGGAAGUGCUCGAAGGCUCGUUAAAGCUGCAUUGCAGGAAGCAGCAAAGAAAAGAGAGAUGAGGUACUCUGAUCUGAACAAGAUUGAUCGAGGGGUGCGGAGGCAUUUCCAUGAUGACAUCACGGUCGUAGUUACAUUUCUAGAUUCGAACCUCGUAAGUAGAGCCAGUUCGUUGAGAGGUCCCACGUUGUCUAUCCGAGGCGGUGGGGUCCACCUACCUGCAAACACUUUAGCUCCUUGUGCUUAAAACUUUCCUAUGGUGCAUCCUCUGCUGUGCCCUUCUUGGAAACUCUAUGGUAGCUAACAUCUUCUUGUAAAUUAAAUAAGAUAUAGAGAGAUGGCAUAGAGCUAAUUUAACUUUUAUAUAUAUGGGACUAUAUAGUUUUUAAUAGAGUUAAUUCCAGCAAA